AUGGCGGAUAACAUGCCCUCACCAAACGAGUAUCGCGCCGGCCGCCAGGGGUCAACCGCCUCAACCUCUUCCACCACCUCAGCCAUGAGCACAAGUGGCACCAGCGGGGCGACAACCACAAGCUCUACUGCACCACCCCCUCGCAGGUCCUCCAAAGUCCUUUUCGAGUCCCUCCAAGCGCAAAAGCGCUCAAACGAUCCUGCUGCUGUUGCUCGUCGGCAGAGCUUGAAUGAACAGCGCCCCCCUGCUGGCUUAAUCGGCCAGCUGUGGAACAACUGGGUUCGCGGCGAGAAAUAA